UCCUCCCUCUGCUCCCCUCUCCUCCUCUCAGUUGGCCCUGUGACUCCUGGUCGGGCCGGUAUAACAGUAGGCUGCAGAGCGGGGACAGGUGUUGGAUGGAGAGGCGCAGCAUCAGCAGCAGCAGCAGCAGCAGCAGUCGGGCGCACCGACCGAAGCAUGCUCCAUUGCAGCCAUGACUUGCUCGGCGUCAGAUAGCGAGAAGAUCGUCAUCAACUGCGGCGGGAUCCGACACGAGACCUACCGGAGCACCCUGAAGACGCUGCCGGGGACGCGCUUGUCCUGGCUGACCGAGCCCGACGCCUACAGCAACUUUGACUACGACCCCAAGUCCGACGAGUUCUUCUUCGACCGCCACCCGGCCACCUUCGCCUUCAUCCUCAAUUACUACCGCACCGGCAAGCUCCACUGCCCCAACGAUGUGUGCGGGCCGCUCUUCGAGGAGGAGCUCGCCUUCUGGGGCAUCGACGAGACGGACGUGGAGGCGUGCUGCUGGAUGAACUACCGGCAGCACCGCGACGCAGAGGAAGCCCUGGACAGCUUCGAGCAGCCCGAGCCGGACGCGCCCGACGACGACCCGGCGCUGACCGGCGGGGCGGACGGGGACCUGAAGCGGCUGUGCAUGCAGGAGGACGGGCGCAGUAAGACGAACUGGUCGGUGUGGCAGCCCUUUAUGUGGGCUCUGUUCGAGGACCCGUACUCCUCCAAAUACGCCCGGUAUGUGGCAUUUGGCUCACUCUUCUUCAUCCUGCUCUCCAUCUCCACCUUCUGCCUGGAGACUCACGAAGCCUUCAACACCAUCUACAACAAAACAGAGAAUGUCACCAUCGGCAAUGUGACGCAUGAGGAGAUAGUGUAUGAGGUGGUCACGGAUGGCUGGCUGACAUAUGUGGAGGGCGUCUGUGUCAUCUGGUUCACCAUUGAGGUGAUGCUGCGCGUCAUCUUCUGCCCUGACAAGGCAGAGUUCUUCCGCAGCGCCCUUAACAUCAUAGACUUUGUGGCCAUUGUGCCAUUUUACCUGGAGGUGGCGCUGAGUGGCCUCUCCUCAAAAACAGCCAAAGAUGCGCUGAGCUUCCUGCGUGUGGUGCGCUUUGUCCGAAUCCUGCGUAUAUUCAAGUUGACCCGCCACUUUGUUGGUUUGCGAGUCCUGGGCCACACUCUGCGGGCGAGCACCAACGAGUUUCUGCUGCUCAUUAUCUUCCUGGCGCUGGGCGUCCUCAUCUUUGCUACAAUGAUCUACUACGCUGAACGCAUUGGCGCCGACCCAGAUGAUCCGACGGCCGCGGCCCACACCAACUUUAAGAACAUCCCCAUUGGCUUCUGGUGGGCUGUGGUGACCAUGACCACACUCGGCUAUGGGGAUAUGUACCCUGAGACGUGGUCGGGAAUGCUGGUGGGUGCCCUCUGCGCUUUGGCGGGUGUGCUGACCAUUGCCAUGCCUGUGCCCGUCAUUGUCAACAACUUCGGCAUGUAUUACUCCCUGGCCAUGGCCAAGCAGAAGCUCCCCAAGAAGAGGAACAAGCACAUCCCGCGAGCACCACAGCCAGGCAGCCCCAACUACUGCAAGCCAGACGCCCUGGCCAUGGCAACCGCCUCUCCUCACAGGCUGAUGGGCAAUGUGCUCGGCCCAGGCAUGGUGGGAUCUGGCAGCAUGAUGGGUACUGGAGACUGCCCACUGGCACAGGAGGAGAUCAUUGAGAUCAACAGGGCAGAUUCAAAGCAGAAUGGCGAGACAGCGGCCAACGCAGCGGCCCUGGCCAAUGAGGACUGCCCCACCAUCGACCAGGUGCUUGGGGACGAGCGCAGCCCAGCCACGGGAGGCCUAGGCUCCACCACGAGCCGCGAGCGCUACCCACAUGACCGGGCAUGCUUCCUGCUGAGUGCCGGAGAGUUCCAGCGCACAACGGACGGAAACGUUCGGAAAGAGAACUGUUCUGAAAGCCCUGUGCUAAUCAGAUAUAUGCAAAAAGAAGCAGUAACUGUGAAUUAAUGCUAACAAAUGAAAAAGAACAAAACAAAAAAAAUACAAAUCCAGCUUCUUCCAUCACUGUCUCAACUCCUCUUCUACAAGAGAGAGGAGAGACCCUUCCUCUCCCAAGAGAUUCCCUUCCAUCAUUUUCAUUCCCCUGCUCCUUCAUUCUCUGCCCACGUCACAUUUCCACCUGUCCUAUCAUAUGAACCUAAAGGAGUUUAAAGCAUUCCCCUGUAGUGUGAGAAUGAACAAGUGCAACCUCCCACAAGGUAUAAGAGUCAAGUCCGGUUUAACCUGAUCUUGAGAAUAGAGACCAGGGAAGCACAGAACUGUAUCUGAAUAUCAGACAAUCUUGACAAUGGAACAUGUUUUCCCUGUAAAUACCCUUUUUGAACAUACAAAAACAUUUUUUUUCAUUUUAUACCUAUCCUACUCAGAACGUUUCAAGGGACAAUGGUAAUUGUUGGCUGCUUGACAGUUUUAUAGUUAUCUGCAGUCAAAACAACUUUAACUUAUCCAGUGACUGGGAUUAUUGAUCAAAUGGUCACAAAAUAACACAUAGUUUCAUGUGUUGUAGCUUGCAUUUCCAGGAAGAUCUGAUACAUGGUCUAGGCCUUUAGGGCACACAGAGGCCUGAAUAGAACCCCAAUUUUACCAUUGUUAGUGUACUGCAAGCUGUGUACAAUGUGCAGAGAGUCCAGAUUUAAAUUUCUCAUCUGUUAAAUUGCUACAAAAAUACAAAGGAAAUGGAUUUAGCUGCACAAGGUCAUUGACGAGGUUGCACAGAAUUCUGAGAGUUCCACACUGUGAGGUACCCUUCACAGUCAGAAUUGGUUUAUUUAUUGAAAUUACUGGUGGUUCUCACAUGAUGCCCCGUGUUGCCAAUGUUUCCCUCCCUUCCAUCCAUUCACAACUCAGGUAUCUCUUUCGGAAUCUCUCCCUCUGUGCCCCAGUGUUCGUGCUCAGACAUGUUUUUUUUCACAGAUGUACUUACUUUCUCACAGUAUGUAGAUCUUCCCUCUCUUCUCUGUGCUCUGUUUUGUGCCUGUUCUCCUUCAAAAGUACUGUUUUGCUUUCCUUGUCCAAAUGUGCUUCCUGUCUUCCCCUUGUGUCCAGUCGUCUUCCCACCCUUUCUCAAUAACUGCAUCCCUGUUUCUGUGAGACUUUAUUCAUCCAACACACCGUCCAUUCCCCAAGCCCCAAGUCUCUCACAGCAAAACCAAAAAGGAACUGAGUGGAAUUGGAGCACCUUCGCACCUGAUUAAAAAAACCCUCUAUAUAUUGGCCUCACACUGGAUUUCACCGGGAAGGACGACAGGAAUGGACAUAAAAUGAAUUGAGUGAUAUGUUGUAGAUGGGGAGGAGGGGAAAAAUAUGCUAUAAACGUGAUGUGUUCUGAGUGGACUGUCAGCCGAGCAGCAUCACAGGGAGGAGAUGGAGGAGGAAAAGUUUGGGCAAGACAGAAAAGUGUGGUGAUGGUGAUGAUAUGGAGGAGGAGGAAGAAAGAAAGAAGCAAAAAUCGCUUCUCCAUGUAAGAAUGUGUACCUCACUGCUGUUCCUGUGCACUGUUUGCUUCUUGUGUUGUCUUCUCUCACCCGUGUGUGGUGCCUGUGUUCGUGUGACAUUUUGUUUUAUGUUCUAUGUUUUUCGUGUUUUGUGCCGCACUCUAUUUCUUCACCUUUGUUCUUUCAUGUAGCCUUUGUGUGUACCACACCUAGGUCAAACAGCCUCCACAAACAACUUCUAUGGCUUGUUUUAUCCCACACAGGUGCAGGGGAACUGCAGUUUGUCACAGUACAACAGAAUGAAAUUAAUUCAAAAUGAGCUGACCUGAGCAGCCCUGCACCAUCUGACAGUUACAGUGGGAUGAAUCAAAAAGCUUAAAUUUGGCCAAGGUCUGGUCUGUACAUUUGCAGGACACACCAAGUGAGAUAUUUAGCUCUCAGCUCUUGGUCUGGAUUUCAGCCCAGUCCUGGUUGGCUUCAGUCCUCUGGUUAUGAACUUUGACCUCUGCCAUCUCUUUGAUUUCACUGUCUUUGACCUUGAUGUCUCUUGGUCUUUUAAUGACCAUCCAAAAUUAGCAUUUGUUAUAUCAGAGGUCUGAGCAGCCCCCCGAGGACUUCUGCUGUGUGUGUGUGUGUGUGUGUGUGUGUGUGUUACAGACAGAGAGAAAUUAGUUAGUGUUUGUCAUAUUCAGGCUGUGUUUUUAGAGUACUUGCAUGUCAACUGAGCUGGACAAGCUUUUAAGUUAAGUUAUGUAUUUUUCCUUUUUUUUGUUCUUUACUGGCGUGGUUGGUCUACCAUUUCCUUGCCUUGGUGUACAGCAUUGUGUUGCUGCAGUUUCCACAACACUGGAAGUCUCUCAACCUUUACAUUCCUGGUCCAGCCUUUGUUUGGAAGUCAUGGAAGGCUCUGUGUUGUGGCUAAUGCUACAAAUCUCAUCUCUCGUAUCCAAGGAAUCUCAAGGCCUGUUUGCCAAAAGCAUCUUUUUUGUAUUAGCUGUGUCAAUAUUAAAGCAAUAGACAGAACAGCUGUAAAACUUCUGGGUAUUGAUACAAAUUGUGUAUUUAGUGUCAUGAAUUAGACACACAAGUAUAGUUUCUACAGCCAAGAACAUCGAUUCUUUUUAAAUAAUAUAAGAUUUCUUAAAAUCAACAAAUACAUUUUUAUUUCCAAAUGUAAUAUCCUCUAUCAAAUGAUAAAUUGUGAUUAAAUAGGUUAUCAAGUCUCAAAUAUACUAUACUCAUAUAUGUAAGGCCACAUUGCCUACAAUUUCCUUGAAAGAUCUUCUAUUGUUUGAUGAAUAUUUUUACAGAAAAAGUGAAAGAAAUGUAAACCACUCAAUAAAUAAUGUUUUAUUUUUAACUCUACUACCCAACAAGUCCUCCAACUCAUACGACAAACUAAUAUGACCAAAACUACCGUUUACUAAAUUAGUGUCUUAACCGGUGUCGGGAAGUACACCACAAAUACGUUUCGCCUCAGAGCAUUGUGCAGUUUUAUUUGAUUUACAAAACAUGGUUAAUGAGCUUAUAAAGGUAAGGGUUAGGCUUAGGGUGACAUGGCAGAUAUGCACACAGCAUGAUUACUUUACAGAAUAUAAGCAAAUCUAUUUAAAUACACAAACUUGACUGACUUACCAGGGCCACCGCUGAACUCUAGUGGCCGUGUAAAUAACGAGCGCUAGAGGUCUGCGGUCUUUAAAACGACCACAUAUUUUUACCUGAAAACUCAAAAACAUUGGAGAGGAUCUCUAUGUCAUGUCCUCAGGCUUCUUCAGCUGCAUACAGCUUCAAAAACCUCCAUCAAAAUAGAAAAGACACAAAAGUGACAAGAAUAUGAUUUUGAAAAGUGGGGGACAAAAAAAUGUUAGUUGGUAGUUCUGAAUAGUUAAGAUUUAAGAAAGAAAUUAAUAAAAAACAUUUUUAAGAAAUGACACCAUAUCGAUGCUUUUGGGAAACAGGAUGAUGAUGUUUCAUGUGGUUCCACAACAUACCUCUGAAAGAUGUCAAAUCUCAGCAGAGGAAAUUGAAAUGUAUUUUUCUAUGCUGGUGGGUAAAAUAAUUUUGAUUAUGCGUAUUGUGUCAUACAAAAUCUCCUGACGGUGGCUCUGUAGUCACACAGGUUAAACAAAUCCCUCACUGAUAGAACCAUCUCAUUGGCCAAAACCUACACAUCAUGACUGGGUUGCACCAGAUAUCUAUUUAUAAGUUUAAAUCCAUCCUAAGUGUUAAAAUCUAUUUGCUUGGUUCAAAUGAGUGAUAUAAUCAUUAAAACUCAAGAACCUUGUUGCUAGGAAACGUGUCGUGAUGUGAUUACGUCCGCAUACAUGGUUAUUAUGUGUUUCAAAAUAUGUAGUUCUCAUACAGUUUCUAAUGAGUGGGGAGUGUCUGAUUAUGUUAUUAUGUUAUUAUCGGCAUAAUGUUUAAAAAGUUUACAUCAUUAUCAAACUGUGUCACAUCAGAUGUUAGGACCUUUUUUUCACUCGGAUCAGGUCACAGCUAACUUUAGCUUGGUCAGUUGGUUUAGUACACCAAAGUUACCAGGUGUAAUUGUUUACAACUUAUGUCUAAGUCAGAAUUAGUUUUUAAAAUUCAACCCAUUUUAAUUGAGUCACGUGUAAAACUUGGAGUGUGUAAUCUGCGCAGAUGACGUUCAAGCAAAAAGAAGAUAACUUUACCCACCAGCAUCAUUCUUCUGACUGACAUCAGACCUGCAUCAGACUUGGAUGUUACUAAAUCCACGUAAAGUUUGAAACAAAAUAACACAUUGGCAUGUAGUUAAAUCAAACUACUGGAAUAUCUGCAGCCUUUAUCAGCUGAUACGUAGUCUUAGCACUUGAAUCAAGAUGUUUUGAUGAACUGUUUACGGCUUGUACACUUCUCGAUCACCCUUCAUCGGGGCACGAUCGAUUUGAAGUGAACAAGUCAAGAUCUAAUUGUUGGCUUGUUCACUUAAAAUCCUCAAUAAAAUUCUCUUUUCGCUUUCCCUUUCAGUGCUGAGUUUCUAAACCCCUCCCCCCCCCCAAAAGAAGAGGAAAACAAUGAAUCUCAUGCCACUGCUCCUCCAUCUCCCCUGAUGGAACUCACUGUAGAAAGUUGGAGGAGACAGAAAGUAAGAAAAAGAAAAACAACAACAAAGAAAACAAGAGAGGUAGAAAUCAUCAACAUCUGUGUGAUACAUCCAUAUGCAAACCAGAGACGAAAAUGCUUCUGAUCACAUGCACACCACUUGAACAUGGGAGCGACUGGUUUCCAUAGCAAACCACAGCCUGGAUGCUUCCAGCUCGGCAGCAGCAGGACCAUAACGCAAGGCGGCCUUGGAGUUGGAAACCAUUCGACAAGGACACCCUCUACUUCCACAGUUGUGCUAUUCCUUUUACUGACACCUUUUUUUCCAAGACGCUGCAUGCACACCUUUUCAUUUCCAGUGAAUGCUCCGGUAUUUUGGCGCUCAAAGCACUAUGCAAGGUGAGGGGCGGUCCAUCAUGAUGUCGAACAGCUCCGGUAGAGUCUGAUCCAGUGUUACCCGCUGGGCUACAGUGGCCGGGCUGCCCUGCUAAUCUCUACUUAACCACAGGACUUCUACCAGCCGGUGGGAAUCUGCUCAUACAUAUCAGAAAACAUCAGCCAUAUCGCAUGUAUAUUGGACAUGAUCCUAUCUAUUUCACACCAUCUGAAUCAUCCAAAAGACAGUUGGCGUCUUGGGACUGAAACAAACACUGAGAUCUUCCUCAAGGAAAAAGUUUUGAUCCACCUUGAGAUGGAAUUCAACCCAAAGACAGACGUGUGGAUUGAUGAACCAUUUGGGGUGAACAGAAACCCUCAGAGACACAAAACUGGCCAUAACAUCUGCUUUAAAAAAACAGGCGUCACUGGAAAGGAAGAUGUGAUGUGAUUGAGCCUCUUUCACUCUCUCCCACUCUCUCUUUCCCUCUCAAGUCUUUAUGGUAUCUUGACCUCCUCCCGCUGCAUCGCUGCUGCUGACCUUCUUUAGCAAAUCUGCAUGGCAUGAAUGAAACCAAUUAAAACCAGAAGAAAGACAGUCAAAGACAUAAUGGAUGGAUUAAAUAAGGGAUGGGGUGGGGUUGGGGGGAUCCAUGAGAAAGGGGGAGAGAGAUUUAUGUUUUUCCCACCUAGCAAUGUCAAUGCAAAGUCAUUAUCAUUAUCAUCAUCAUUCAAGACACUUUUUAACCCCAAAACUGGCUGCUAAAAUGUGGGCAAAACAGCAUCUCCUGCAGUAAACUGCUCUCUCUGAAGGCAUGAUGGAUGAGGGGGACCUUCCUCCUCCCGUGAGAGAAAGAGGAAGUGGGGGAGGAGAUUCUGCAGACCAUACACUCAAUACCUCUGGGGACGGGGCAAGAAGAUACAGGCUUUCUAAGGAAACGGUAUUCAGCAGCAGCAGGAGAACAUCUUUGAGAAACUACUCUAUGGACAGAAAAAAAAAAUUAAAAUGGCGACGAUUGCAAAUUAGAAAUGCUUUUUAUUACAUUGUUUACCAGCAUGAAUAUUCUGCAUGACCUCUGCAAGCCAUUCUGAUCUCCCCCAAGAUUAACAGGGCUAGAAAUUGAUCAUUUAAAUGUGAAAAUUUAACAAAAUUGUGUUAUACGCAAAAGAGUUUAAAAAAAUGAUUCAAGGAUUAUAUUUACAAAAGAAGACUUUCUCAAUUUUGUUUUCAAUGAUAAAACAAUUAAGGGGAAAAAGGGGGAUUACAACAUCACCCCUGCCCAGCUCCCAAAAAUCCAAGAAGACUCCUCCCAACUUCUGCAAGUAUUUAUUACGCUACUACAAGUUCCUCUACUACUACUAUUACUUCAACCUUUCACCUGACUGCUACUCUGCUUCCUCUUCUUCCUCUUCCUCUCUUUCUUCUUCUUGUAGCCUUUUACCAGAACAGUUAUACAUGAAUCUCUCAAAUGGCAGCUGUGUGUGUGUUUCUGUGCCACCAUCUUGAUCCAGGACUGUCAAACUGAUGUUGAACUGAACUGUGCUGUCCCUUCCGUGGUGUCACUGAUAGCAUGUGUUUGAACUGAAAAUGUCUCUUGUCCCUGGAACUUGUUUCAUGACCUUGAUGUCAAAGGCAUUGCCACACCUUCAAGGUUAGACAGGUCAUCUGAGGUCUGGGGUCCAGAAUAUGUGAGGAAAGGCUACUAAAGUAUUUUCUUCGCCCCACACAUUGAUCCAAACAGGCCUGUUUACUUCCUCAGGCGAAAAGACACAAAAUGGCUGCCUCACCAUCCAGGGUUUUGUUAUACCACUAGCUACACUCAGAUGUCAGUUUAUUAGGCACACGAGAGCUAAAACUCAUAUAGUCUACAGUCAUUUUGGAGGCUGGAGUUUGUGGUGGUGUGGAACUGAUUUGUGUUAUACUGACGUGUGUUUCUAUUAUUUUGUCCAUCCCAUUUAUAUUAAUAAUGAUAGGCUUGAUGACAGAAACACUUCUCUGUAUAAUGCAGUUCAACAGCAGAACAAACUUCAUCCUUCAAAAUUAUUAUCAUGCAGUUGAGACCUCUCUAAAAAAAUUACAAUGAAUAAUGAAGGAGGAUUUAUUGCGGAGUUGUUGUAUUAAACCUUAUUAGUUUUAGCUAAGUGAACCUGAUUAACUGAAAACUGAUGUCUGAUGAAAACACAAUAUUUAUUUUCUCCAGCAGCAGUUGUUUUUUUCAGUCACAGUCAGGGUUAGGACUAACAUUAUUUCAUGUUGAAUGGGUUUAGGACUGAAAUUAAUUCAUGCUGUACAUCCUCCUGGGGUAUGAAAACAUGGGACCAAAGCCGGGACUUCACAAACGCCAAAGUCAAAAUUCACCCAGCUCUAGUCACUUAACCAAUUAAAAAAAUUUGGAGGAACCAAAAAUCUGAAAUUUUAUUUAUUCAUUAAAUUUUUCAGUUUAAUUUAAAUAUUAUCUGCCUGAAUUAUGUUCGGGUUUCAUGCAUGUAUGCAAUACCGAAUCCGACAUUCUCCCAUUCAACUGGAUUAAAUAAGGGGGGGGGGGGGUUGCCUAAAAAAAGUAAUGUGUAGUCCAAACAAUAUCAUGAGCAGCAAUAAAAUAAAAAAAAAACCUCUGUAGUUGUAGAAUGUAAACUCUUUUUCUUAUGGGCUCUCAAUGGUAAAUGAACUGCAGUCAUAGUAUGUUUUUUUUUUGUCUAUCCCCUCCUGAGCCACACCUACAGUAAGUGUAAAUAUAGCCCUUAUUUACUGUACUUCAGGAGACAGAAAGAAAUCAAUGUCAUCUGCAAAUAUUUGCUUUUUCAUGUUGUAGCUUUGCCAAAGAAUCCCACAAUCUCAUGAUGAUAGUCUCUGUCAGAUUUUAUACGAAUAUAUAAUAUCCUCCUCAUCUUGAAUGAUUUCCUUUCAUUUAUUUGGUGAGGACUGAUGAAUUAUUAACCAUAUUUGAGUAAGCUGUAAUGUAGCCACAGCAGCAAUCAGUUGCAGCUCCACUAUUGGUUAUUUUUUUCAUACCUUUUUUUAAUGGCUCAGGAAAACCGUCACUUUCUUCACUGUGUUCCUGUGUUGAAAAGAAGUGUAGCAUCAUUGAAAGGUUAUGUAUUGACGGGGCAAUGCUUUUGCAAUAAGGCAUCACGAUAUUAGAACCACCUUAUUUGCCGACCAGAUCUAUUAAAAACUGCUGAUAAUAAGCAAAAGCAAAGCCAAACUAACUAAAACUUUUCUUCUACAUAACAAAUUCAGCACAUGUAUUGUCACGGUGGCAUGAAAACACUUUAUUUCAACUUGUUGUGCACACAAUAAAUGCUAUAACGUAGGACAUACAACAUAGGAACAAAGUAACAUUUCCCUUGAUGAGACAGUAGAAGAGGCAGUGUACAGUGUUAGUCAGACCAGCACUAAUGGAGGAACAGUAGCUCCUCUGUGGUGGUUCCCCCUGGGUGAGAGGCAGCCAUCUUGGCUCUAUGUUGUUAAACUGGGUUGGCCAUGACCCCUUUAUGGUUAGAGCAGCAGCAGAAGUGAAGGCGUUCUGCUGGGCUUUGGGAAAACAAUUUUCACACACAUCUGAGGACAGAUUUUGAAAAACUAGAGAAAGAGAGGGAAAUAUGCAGAAAGAUGGAAAUGCCUUGAAAGCUGGCAGUGAAAUCUGACUUUUACUGGACAGAUUAGUUGUUACCAAAAAGUUGUUUGAGUAACUAGAUAUGGAUUGUGUUGGUUCAUCUCAUUACUUGUCCUCAUGUGUUCUUUAUGCAUCUCAUGAGAGCAUUAAUGUUCUUCUUGAUACUGUUUGUGUAUUUUAAUUGUUCUGCAUUCAUUGGUAUUUGGUUCUUGAGACCAUAUAGAUCCAUAACCUGGGCAAAAUAGUUUGAAACUGUGGAGGCAUGGAUGGAUGAAUGGAUGACUGAACAGUGCACAGGCCCCAGGGUCCCUGGGGUUCAGGGGCCGCCAAGCCUCUGGUUUGAAGUGACUGUUAAGAUUUCUUGUCAGAAGUUGAAUUGAAUGAUUAUAAAGAGACACAAAAGGAAAACAGAGAGACUCAACCGACUUCAGAGGGCCUCAAAAUGACAACAAAACGACUUAAAAUAACUACAAAGAGACACAAUGCAUCUACAAAGAGAAUGACUGCAGAGAGAAAAAUAUGGCCACACCUGCGUCAUUUUGUGUCUUGCUCCUUUGUUGGAGGGGAAGGGUGCUUUUCACAUGUCUGUGCCCAGGGGCCCAGUGUCUUGUGUGUAGCUUUUUCAUGUUGUAGCUGACAUAAAGCCGGGCUAUAACAAAAUAUUUUAUUAUUCAAUUAUAUGAUAUAUUAAAACACUUCCUGUAAAAUGCUGACAAAUGAAAGCUAUUUGGAGACAACUCUCCACUUUCCUGGUGUUACCAGACACUUCGGCAAACUCACCAGCCACAGUUCAUCAGCUGCACUUUUGUGCACUUCACGCUUUUCAAAAAGGGCUAUCGAGCUAAAAGAGCUGCUUCUGGCAAACUGUAGUCAUUUCAGACUGGUGCUCCCAGUGAAACACAGACAUGCUUGGUCAAAAUGUCUAAAUCCAAAUGGGGACCCCUCAGAUCUGUGAACUGCAACCCCCAAAAUUUGGUCAUAUGAACAGUGAUGUUUUCAACAAUUGUCACACUGUUUGGCUGCGUGGGGCAAAACUUGCAAUAAGAUAGCAUAGCAUAGCAAGGACCUUAAUCCUUUCUAUUCUAUUCUUGAACCACAUUCUUGAGUCACAUUUUAUUUAAUACAUUUUUUAAAUAUUGUCAUUAGCAAUUUAAGCAAGAUGUGCUGUAUCUUCUGCGUUACAUAGGUUAACUUAGACAAAUGUUGAGUGAUACACACUGUAAAACUUCCCCUUGAAUUUGAUUGCGCUUGAUGAAUUGCAGAUCUGGACAGUCGUAGGAACUCGAGAGCAUGCCCACUAAGUUUGCAAGUGUGACAGCUGAGCAAUACACAUUUGGAAAUUUGGGUUCAGCUAAAGUGUGGUAGCUCUUCUGAAAGUCCAUCUGUUUUCUACAGACGCAGCCAGAAUGAUCACAGCUCACUUAUCUUUUUUGUGUGGGUUCUCGCUGUCUCGCUGCAGUCCCUUCAGUAUUUAUUGAUUCAUUCUUUAUGUCUUUGGCCAUGAAGUGUUUGAAAGUCAGGCUCAUCGUAUUUUCGGAUUAAUGAAAAAUACAAAUUGUAGCAUUUACACUGUAUGCAACCAUGCUAACUGGAACCAAUAACAUGAAGAACAAUGACUUUAAUCCCCACACAGCACACGAGAAGUUUGAUACUUCUGUGUUAUGCUUUGUUUUUGUUUAGUUUUUUUCAUUGUUUUCUGUAUUUUCUGUUUCAUGCUGGGGAGCCUAAGAGCCAAAAAUAUAACAGAAAACGGGGCCAAUCUCAGGAAAACGCUGUAUCAGAAAUCUGAGAGGUGGAGCGUCAACAUUGUUAUGACGCUGCAAGUGUGUAUUUUUCAAAAGUUUCAAUUUUCAAAUUGUUGUUUCAAAUGAGCAUUUUGAUUGUUUCAAUCAGUAAAUGUGGAUCGCAUCGUUGCUACUUAAAGCCUGGAAGUAGAUUAUUCUGUCCUUUGGCCCAAACUUAGUCCAGCUGCUCCACCACCCUGCACCAGGUCCCAUUGCUUUCAGGUGUUUGUUAUCUUAUUCCAGGUAUUUCAUAUUUAUUUUUAAAUGGCAAAAAUAAUACUGUCCUGUACCAACACCAAGGUGGAAACAACUUUUUUUGUUAUCUAUUUUGCUUUCAGUAUAUUUUCUUUUGCCUAAACUGUAUUUUGGGUUGACAUAUGUAUUUUGUAUUUUUGAACACAUGCAAUUCUGAUGAAUUACGAUCAUGAAUAUUAUAACGAUGCAUCUGUAUACAAGCAUGCAGAGAACAUAACGAGCAUGCGCCAGUUGGGCAACAGGCUUAACAUCACUGUGAUGAUGGAAACACUUUGUUCUGUGUCUCAGGUGGGCUUUUCAUUAGACUUAACCUCGUCAGCAACUACUAUCCCUGUAGAGUGAAUGCAUACAGAGGGAUAUAUACAAAGGCCCUAACCCAUCACUGUAAAAGCUUUCUAGCGUUAUUAUAACAGUAAUGACAGUAUGAUCAUUGCCAAUAUAGCACCACUGAUUCAGUAGAUUAUUGAUCAUCCACAAACUUUGGAGAAUGGUGUAAAAAAAAAAAAAAAUACAUGUACAUUUUUAAGUGAUCAAAAUCAAAGCAGCAGGAGGCUCAUAACCAGAUCACUUGACUUGUAGCUGCUAGCACAUAUCCUACACUUCCCAUACUGUAACCCAACGGUGUUUGUUAUUAGUAAAUGCAUUCUUUCACAGCAUAAAAAUCAGCCAGGAAAAAAUACAGAAAACGGAUUUUUACCAACAAAUACUGCUGGCCUCCUGCAGAGAUGAUAUAUAUUUAACAUCCUCAGUUUGGAAACACUAAGCUUUGGGAGCAAAGGUGAUCAGUGGUUCCACUUUCUUGAGCGGUACUUGGAUGUAUGAAAGUCAAAUACUCCACCGCCACCCUCCCCUGGAUACAUUUUGUAAGUCACGUUGCUUCAGACACCAGCUACGGGAUUGAGACAUGUUGGCCGUCAGGAGAAGUGAUUGUUGCACAGUUCUAGAAAGACAUAGAAAAACCUUGAUUAUUCCAAUGCAGUAUAUCUGGGACAGAGCAAUAAUGAAAUUAGCUCCUUUUAGGGUCUUUGGUUUUGGUUACAUAUGUUUAAGGAUGUGUGAAGGAGUGUGUGCAUGGGUGUGUGUGUGUAUAAAUGUGUAAUAGAGGACACACGGUGUGCAGUCCGAGUUAAGCCGGCCCCUUGUGAAUAGACGGACACCUGAGCUAACCAAUAGUGCAACUUUACUUGAAAUCCAACUGAUGACCAAACAUAUCAGGGCAAGAUGCAGAGGAGCAGCCCCCCAACCACCACCGCCACCUUUCUGUAAUACUGAGUGGAGUUUUAAAGGCCUAUCUGCAGGAGCACUGUGGAGACAGAUGAAUGCGGUAGGGGCAGAAAUGGUUGCCAUGCAGCUCUCUGUGGGUUAAGACUUCACCGCAUGUUGUACAUCAAACCCACACACCAGUCGAUGAAGUCACAGCAGACAUCCGGUGGAAGAUAAACGCCCGGUGUGACAUCACUGACUCGGGUGUGGUCAAAGUCUCAACCGAUGGAGAGCAGCAGUUUUCUGCCCUAUGGGUUUACCAUUUAAACUUGACUUUUUACAAGUUUAGGUUUAUCCAAGCAGUGUGGGCUACAGUGCUAAUCUGGACCUUUGAUGAAAUUAUCUUAAAUUACCUUCAGAAUCAGAUGGUCCCCCUAAAUGCUAAUGAGUGGAUCUUAUAUUAAAAUUGUCUUGGCUUGCUGGUUAUGGCCCAGUUCUACAAAUUUUUUUUGAAUAAUAUGUUACAGUCCUCUGUAUCGUUUGGUUAACCAAGACCAGUUACCUUUUAGCCAAAUUGUCUAGGUAGCAAUUUGGCUAAAAAUAAACCAUUUACAAAAUACGACUAGUAAAACCAGGUAGCAGUACUAAAAACUAGUUACGCAUCAGUCUGUAGCUGCUAAAUUGGCCUCUAAAACUCCAGUCUGCAUUCCCCUCUCCGUCCCAUGCUCCUCACAUUCUCUCUCUCUCUCUCACUCUCUCCAUCCUUUCCACCUCCUCCUCCAGUUGUUUUGAGGAAGAAGCUUCUUUUUGCAUCCCUUGUUCUUGUGUUUUUCUAUCCUAUUUUUUCAAGAUGAAUUCUAAAUGCAUGUGUGGGAAACUUUAAAAUGACUUUAACUUCAAAUGUGAAUGGCCAUGUGAAAGGAAGCCUCUCCUCCGUUGAAAAAAAGAAGAAGAAGAAAUGUUUCUUGUCUUUCCUUCUUAAUUUCUUUGUCAGGUUAGAAUAAACCACUGUUGGACAUACACAAUUUCCCUCCUAUAAUUGACUUUUUGAAAAUUAAUGUGCUUCUUUUCAUGCUGCAACACAGGCAUUGGACAUAUUUCAUAGCAGUGUGAGACGUGAUCACUGUCCCGAAACGGGCUCAGUUUCAUGAGUCCAAUCAUGGUUUCCCAGAAGCUUCCCAAGGGUUUGGUGCCUGUUUAGGAAAUCAAGCAGAAGGAUUCAUCGUUUUUCCCAUGUAACCAUCUUACCUAAAGAUAUAUUCCAAGUCAUUUCUCUCCACUUUUGACACUGCCUUCACAACUCACUAAAUCAUGGAUGCGGACACCAUGGAGACUUUUCUUAUUCACCGCCAGGCAAGCUGCCGACUCAUUACCCGCCUCUCUGCCUGUCUGUCUGUUCAGGCCUGUUCUUUUUGCUGUGCCUUCUCUUACUCAUGUUCCUAAUGCUGCAGAUUCUCAUAGUCAGAAAAAUGCAUCAUGCCAACAGUCCACAUGCAAAUAUUUACUGGGUUCAUGUCACCGUUGAGGGUCGGACGGAUUUGUCGGUUGAUCGGUUGAUUCGUGAUGGUCCCACAACGGGAAUAAAUUGUUGUAUGUCCACUGGGAAGAGGCAGAGAAAUUAAGAAGGAUGACAAGCUGAGGGACGAGAGGCUUCCCUCCAUUCAUGAAUGGGGAUUAUGCUAUAAAAACUGAUGCUGGAUAUACUUUUAUUGUCACUACACUGAAGAGAGAAAAAAAAAAUAAAGAGUAUAAAGAACUGUAUAAAAUAUA